AUGACAGCCUUGCCCACGGCCGCCGUCAUCCCAUGGACCCUGCUGCUUCUGCUGCCGGUCAUAUCUGUCAUUUGGUUAUGUCUGAGAUACGUCGAAGGGCGGCAGAGACAAGUGCAGGACGGUGCGUCUCGUCAUGAGCCGCACGAUGAGGAUGUGAUCUUUGACGCGUCACAUCAUCCCCAGGGCAGCAGCAUUUUUGUGCAGGCCAUUCCCGUUGUUGCGCCAGAGCUACCUGUCGUCGAUGGCAGCCCGCAGCUGCGUGACUCCUCGGAGCUGUACGGCGAGGGGCAUUACUUGCCACGCGACGAUGGCUCUGUGAGUGGGGNGCAGCCCGCAGCUGCGUGA